AGAAUCGACUUCCUAAUCGCAAACUGCUGGCCUGUUGCGAGAAAUCUCUGAAGAUGUAAGAAGGUGGAAGUGUGAGGUAAGAAGCAGUGUUUUAUUUCAGUUUUCCUGUUUUAAUAACGACGACACACCAACAAGCUCAAGAACAUUAUAUUCCUAGUAAAGUAAGAUCUACAUGAGAAGAGGAAAUAUGUCCUGAUUGCUGAACAUGCUCUAUUCCAGUGCCUGACCACCCUCUGGAGUCAUUCUCGCUCAAGGUCGGCUACUGGAGCCCACCAGCCGCCGGAAUACUCUUUCCAACGCGAGCGGCCUAUUUCUACUUGCUGUCUCAGGCAUAAGACACGAGCACGCGAUUUGCUGUCCACUUUUCGCUCUAAGGAGGCGAUAGAAGCGUGGUCGAGCGAAAGUUGUGGUAAAGCGCAAGUACCAGGUAGAGGCCGCACGAGGUGGAAGACGCUUUUCUCCGCAGACAACUCGCGACAGUGGGUCUCGAGACUAGUGCUAGUCCUUCUAUGCGCGAAGGGAGUAGGAGUAUCCAACUUGCGGACUCGACGUAGCCAAGCGAAAUUACUUCGGAUGUUUGUAAACGACCUACACUAAACUAAACGCAUCUUCUUCUUUUCGGCCAUCAAGUCGUCCUCUUUGCUUCUGACUGACGAGUACGCUGGUGAAGCUACAUCAUCUUACAGGAGUAGAAGUGACGACAGAAGUAGAAGCACUUACAAAAAUAGAACAAGAAGAUGCUGGGCUCACCAGGAAAGAUUGCGAAGGCACGAUACCAGGAUGCUUUCGAUAGCGAUAUAUUCGCGGGCCCCGCGCCACAAUAUGAAAAGCAGAUGCCGCCAGGCUAUCGACGAGAUCAAAUGACGUCCGAACUCUUUGGCGAUGAAGUUUUCUGUACAGACAUACUGUCUGUGUACAACUUUGAUUUGCUUUUUUCUUGUAGAGGAUGGUCGUUCGUCUCGUGUUGCCUUGGCGGCUGGGGUACGGUACGCCAGUGGGGAUCCAGGUAUGGUUUCGAAACGUGGCUGCACGUUCGCGUCUUCUGCAGUUGGGAACCGUUCCCUUGUUUUUUUCCUUUGCAUGUUUACAACUGGGGCUGAGGCUUUCGCGUGUGUGGUGCGUGAGUUAGUUCUACAGCAGCGCGAGGGAACUGGUGGGGCGCCUUCUUUGCGAACAGCGUGUUGGAGGUGGUGCGGCGCAACGCUGCGGAGGAUGUUGCGCGGCUUGCUUUUUUUAUUGCUUUGCCGCUCUUGUUUGUACGUUGCCCGAUCGCUGCAAGCCGCGCGAAGAGAGUUAAAUGAGCCGCCCCAGCUUUCGACCAUUCGCAGCACGGGGCCCACUGGGGUGGGCUUUAGAUUUUCAGGACGGUCGUCCGCAGAGGUCAGAGUUGGGCCUGGCCUCAGCUUUCCAGGGUUGUCACUGUAUUUUUGCUUGUAGUUUCUCUCUUUUCUUUUCAUUCUGAGCGGGGUUCCCAAUCAUAUUCAACGUUAUUCCUUCGCACGGACUCCUCCCAACGCAAUCCACAGACAAAGACCUCCGAAAGCAGGAGGGCACUUUCGAGCCAAAGGUCGAUCCGUUUUCACCAAGAAGAAAAAAACUCCAUUUUCUGCAGGGAGGCUCAGUUCCUGCAACAAACAGUAUUGUUUUGAUUCUUUUUCUUGUGGUCUAAAUAACAAAAACAAGCUGGUAUUUCGCCUCCGGCGUAUGGCCUUUAUUGAUAUUGAUUAUACAGAUGCACUUACUAGAAGGAGUAUCGCAACAUACAAUAGAUACACUUACUUAGCAUUAACUAAGCAAUACUAUUAAUAGAUGAAGUUGUACACCACGGCUAGACCAGCAUCCUGAUUUUCCUCCAUCUUCCACAGACCAGGACCUUGGGUCUUUGCCAACAUCGGGGCAUAACCGAGCUACAGUAGCGUUCGUUGACGGAACGAGCUACGUGGAUAAAGAAAGCCAUCCGGUCGUAAGACGGCAUCAAGAACUAGAGAGCCACAUCUUUGUUAUGAGAAUGAGCUGGCAUUAACAUCUAAGCUGCUUACAUGUUUCGUCAGGCGUGCAUUUUUUAGUUCUAGCUGACCAGUCUUACAUCUCCUGGGUAGGACUAGAGUCAUUCUUGAGUAGGUUUUCCGUAAGCAGUGGCAAGGAAAUCACUAGUUCUUGAGAUCCACCAACUUUCUGAAGCAUGUUCUAUCAUUCUGUCAAGAAGGACAUAGAACGCGACUGGGUACACUACUCCUCCUACUACUGCUCCUACUACACCUACUACUACUCCUACUACUCCUACUACUCCUACUACUCCCACUACUACGCCCACUACUACGCCCACUACUACUCCCACUACUACUCCAGCUACUACUCCCACUACUACGCCCACUACUAUAAAAGCACGGCUUUGCAACUUCUAAAUUGUAAACCACUGCGAGCGUGAAUCCGGAGGACACCAUGCGACAAUGGGACUCUAGCAGAAUCACACCACACUCCUUCUCAUGGUUCAAUUCGGAGCCAGCAAAUAAGCAGACGGAAAGAAAGAGCGUGUACAACUUGUUAUAUAGAUUUUCCAGCGAAGUCGAAGCAUCCUAUCCUCUCCUAUCGUGUCCUAUCCUCUCCUCUCGUGUCCUAUCCUCUCCUAUCGUGUCCUAUCCGAUCCUAUUACUUGACUGAUCAUUCCCUCUAGUGGAGCCGGGACGACAGAUUGUUCAGCAUGUAAACAUAAUAUUGCACUCUAAUGAUCAACUUUAUCUUCAUCAACACCCAUCUUGUUAUUCUAUCAUUCUCAGCGUUCUCUUCCAUGCAUUUUCAGGGCCUCACCAGUUUCGGGCAGCGAGGCAGAGAAGAAGCAUUAUGAGCGAGCAUACGCGGAGAAGAGUAGUCACUUAUUCGAUCAUCAUGCGCCUGAGCCACCGACAGAGGAUCAGAGGAGGCAAACAUUUUCAGACAAUAUGCAUGCGCAUGCGGAUGAAGUAUCGAAGAGAAAGGCGAACCAGUAAUGUUGAUAUCCUCCUUUAAGAUCUCGGUCCUUCUCCUUACCUACUUACUUAGGUAAUCAUCACGAUGACUGACUUGUAGGAAAUGCAAUGCGAUUUGUUUGGGUAUUCGUGGAUGAAUCUAGAACGCGAAUCUCUCACUCACUCAUCUCUCUCAAAGGUAUUAUUCUGACCUCUUCGGGAGACAGACGCCUAUGGAUUCGCACUUAUCUGGAUACUUUCCAAAGCCCGUUAGUAGUCCAGAAUCGAGAAUCGCAGUCCAUGGUGCUUGGACUGACGCUAGAACCAAUACCCUGCGUCGAGACGGGGACCCUGACCGACCCCUUACGGCUAAGGUAUUUCCAUGUUGUUUUUCUUUGGCUAAUUUUGCGUGUAUGAUGCUACCAACCUUGAUGUUGAAGAAGGAUUUAGUAGCUAGAAGUAAAAGAUUUGAUAUCUGGCCUCUGGUUUUCAGUUCAUCACAUGAGAGAGUGGAAAGUAUUUGCAAACAUCUGUCCCACGCCUGAAAUUCUGUCUACUCCGCUGAGAAAAGAAGAUUGUUGAAAAACGCCGAAAAAAUACAUUCUGUGAAAGAGCGUUAUAUCCUCUGUUACUUCAUCCUGAGAAAUGAGAUUGUUAGCUCAGUGUGACUCAACAAUGAUAAAAGUUGUUUAACGCGCAACUAAACCUGAUUCGACAUUUGCGCUUCAUGGUCUUCACAGGUCCACAUCAUCUGUAAAGUAGACUGGCAUGAUAACCCUCUUGUCCUCUUUCCCGAUAGAAAUUUUGUGUACUUGUGGUGCACAUAUCAGGACCAAAAGUUUCGGGAAUUUUAUACAACGGAAGUGCCAGAGGGCGAGAAGAAAGCCUAUGCACCUCAAGUCCUGUCGGAGCCACUAUCAACGGAUACGUCAGGCAAAGUUCGAAGGUGCAAAGCCUACUUCUAGUUAGCUUGUUCUUGUUUUUCAUCAAUUUGAAUCUCUUUUUUGGUGAUUAUUUCUGAGGCUGUUGUGUAGAAGCAAGUUUUUGUUCGAUUGUUGUUGUGGCAGAGAACGAAGCACAAGGACCAGGACUCGGAGAAAACGAGAAGCACGUGCACAACAACUUCAAGACGAAGUCCAGAUAGAAGAUGACGCGCACCAUCCGAGAAGCUGACAUUUUCGGUAGGGCUGUGCCGGUGAAUUUCAUCGGGCAGUCGCCUCAUGGCCGUAAUCCUCCGUCGCAUCAGCAUGUGAAUAUCCGUGGCCGGCCACAUUUCGGUGGAUUGAAGGACCACGAAGCACGCGCGCCGGACGGAGCGAAGGCCGCAGAAGUAAUCCUGACGCCACAGGAGGAGCAGCAACGGUUUUCGCAUAAGAGUCGAGUAGUCGGCGAUUACGGCGUGAAGCUUGCGGGCAAUGCGCCGGAAACCUUGACGGUUUUUUCAGCAGAUGAUCGAGGAGGAGCGCCGGAUCAAUUUCCAUUCUACAGCGCGUCGUUGGAUAAUUAUCGUGGCAGCAGUCCAUCGGCAUCAGCAAGUCCUGGACAAAGACAAAGAAAUGUAAACGAUGACCAAGAACAAGUCGCACUACUAGCUCAACAAGAAGAAGAUGAUGGUUUUUUGCAUUUUUCAGACCGGACCAGUGGAGUGCAGCAGUUUCCUACGAGCACUCGGGAGAGCAGACCCGUGGAGUACGAUAGCGUAGGCGCAGCUUUUGGUAGCCCCAAGGACCAGGGAUCAUCGUCUCCCUCACGUGGCUCCCCUGGUGGCGGUCGAUCCGUGAUAGAAGAUGUGAACCUAGGAAGACGGCGCAGCUUGACACUGGAUGAGCACCACGGAGCUAGGCGGGAUCUAAAACACACGACGGUGGCAACGGAGUAACCACAACUAUUCUUCUAGUUCCUACUUCUUCUUUUUCAGCGAGAAACGAUAUCAUCAAAAUGAGAAUCAUCAUAGUUGUGUGGUCAUCAACAUCAGCAGCAUCAUCUUCAUCUUCUCAACAACAACCUAGAGAAUAUGAAAGAACUCUUCCGGAUCAAUCCCACGACAUCAACGAACGUUGCCGCUGUAGCUGGACACCAAGACAUCUACGACGGCAACGAGAAGAAGACGCCACAAUAUCGAUAUCCCCUAACUUAGCUCAUCUUCAGAUUCAUUACAGACUGUCUUUGAAAGUUGAGCUAAUUUUGUUUUCUCCAUGAAGUCUGCAGGCUUUCUUUGUAGUUUGCGCACGGGCAUGGUCUUAAUUGAUUAAAACUACAAUGUUUUUUAUUCUUCAACGACAAAAAACUUUCAGGGCCGGCGAUCAUGAUUUGGUAGCGCAAGUGCACCAAAAUCAUCUGAAGAGCUCACUCUUGCGGGAUACUUUUUAUGAGAGGGCUGAACAGCAACGAGCCUGGGAAGUCGCAGAGGUGAAUAUUAGCCGAGUCGCACCUUUCGAGGAUGAAAAAUCCGUGAAAGAGUACAUUAUCUUUAAUAUCCUUUACAAUGUUAUGCUUUCGGCUUUGCCUAAUUGACUCAUGAUAAAUCAUGUCAUACACUGUGUGUCAGUUUGAAGAAAAUUUCUCCGCUAGGUACUCCAGGACGAGGAUCUCGAAUUUGUCAUCAACUGAUCUCUUCUAUGCGCAUAGAUAAGAAACCAUCCCGCAUGAUCUCGUUCAGGAAAUGCAAGGGCUUCGGUUGCCACGUGGUAAAAGUAUGCCUCGAUGUCGACCCUAUCAGCAAUAGGUGUAAAGGCAGGGCGAAGCUAGUCCUGAGAUACAAUCCCGAUGAAAACGACUUAAACGGCCUUGUCUCGAAAAUCCAACAAGUCGGAUGGGUGGUGUCAUUCUUAAAUGAUGAGGAGCGAUAAGUUGGUAGAGGUCUACGCUAACUAUAGGUAUUUACUGUUACCGCGAUGAAGUCAUGAAGAUGGAAUAUUGUUAAUUUUUCAGGAAGAUUAUUUGACAUAGCGAUUUCGGGAAUUAGAUGAUGAAGUCAGUUGCUACAGACAAAAAGGGGACUGCAGGAGUUAUCUUCGCAUUCAAGGAUACAGCUGCUGUAAACGGCUUCCGGAAUGGCAUGUAUGACACGACGCUGAAUCUGCUCCUGGUGAUCUACCGAUACAAAGUAGGUCAUUAUAUAGCGAAGUACAUGUACUGUUUGUCUUUUUUGGAUUCGUGAGCAGUAUCACGGCGCAUUUAAAGAAUCCCAUGGUAGUAACUUAGACGCUACUAACUCGCUCAAGAAGGUGGAAGAACAACCUUACAUGAUCGCACCACAGAGUCCCCAUUAAUUAGACGAUUACCCGCAGAUAAUCUGCACUUUUUUAUUAAACUACUCACUGUAGAACCAACAAGAAUCCGAAUGAACUGAUUUUCUCGCGCACGGAUUGAUCACAACGCACUAG